CAUAUAUGUAGCUGGGAUAUAAUAUGGUUAAAUGCGCAUGCGUAUAUUGAAAAAUAAGAUUCUUUCUAGAGAAAGAAAACUUGGAAGAACUUUCUUCAUAUGAAAACAGUGUUUAAAAAGCUCUUCGAAACACAAUCGGCGCCACAAAGAAAACAAAACAAAACAAAAUACACACAGAUAUACAUUUUAAUAUCUAUAUAUAUGUGUAUAUAUAUGCGUAUAUAUAUAUAUUAUAUAUAAGAUAUAUAUAAAAUAUAUCGAUAUCUAUUAAGUAUAAAUAUAUAUAUAUAUAUAUGUGUGUGUAUAUAUACAUAUAUAUAUAUUAUAUUUAUAGAUAAAUUUGAAUACCUGUGCAUAUAUAUAUAUAUAUAUAUAUAUAUAUACAAUACAUAUUUAGAUGUAGAAUCGGCAAAGAGCAGAAUGAUUGAGUGAGAGUGAGGGCGAAAAAGAGAAACAUACAUGUUUUCACCAAAACCAAGCUUUGCAGUGUGUUAUGAACUUUAUCAAAAAUCUUAAAGUGUGUCCAAGUUUAUUUUUCAUGAACAUUUGUCGGGAAGGAUUGGCAGAUAAAUCUUGUAGCUGCCUCACGUUCGAACAUUUUAUAGAGUUGGAUAAGCUGUAUCAGACGACCGAUACGGAGUUGAACCGACUUUUUAUAAAGCGAAGGAAGCGAGAAAAGGAGCUGGAGAAGAAGAAAUCUGUACUGACCACAAUGUACGAUGAAUUGCAGCGACUCCGAGAUGAUAUUGAACUCACAGAAAAACUAUUACGUGCUUUAGAAAAAGAAUAUUACGAAACUCGAAAUGAGAUGAGCUCUGUUCUACAGUCAGGUAAAUUGGAUUGA